CCCUUAUCCACUCUGCCUCGCCUCCUGAGACGGCCAUGGUGAGGAUAAAUGAGCAGGGGACCAGCACGGGCUUGGUGCAGAGUGGGGGAGCAUCCUGGGCACCGGCUGCUGGCCAGAGGCACCCCGGGCCAUGUCAGAACUUUGAGCAGGUGACAGAGAGCAGUUGUCACAGCCUCAAGAUGCUGAGCCUGAAGCUCCCCCGGCUGUUUCGCAUCGACCAGGUGCCCCAGGUGUUCCAUGAGCAGGGCAUCCUCUUUGGCUACCGGCAUCCACAGAGUUCCGCCACGGCCUGCGUCCUCAGCCUUUUCCAAAUGACCAAUGAGACCCUCAACAUCUGGACUCACUUGCUGCCCUUCUGGUUCUUCACGUGGAGGUUUGUGACCGCCUUGUACGUGACAGACAUCUGGAAUGACAGCUACUCCUGGCCUCUGUUUGUGUACAUGGGCACCAGCUGCGUGUACCCGCUUGCGUCCAGCUGUGCGCAUACCUUCAACUCCAUGUCCAAGAACGCCCGGCACAUCUGCUACUUCCUGGACUACGGUGCCGUCAACCUCUUCAGCCUGGGCUCAGCCAUCGCUUACUCUGCCUAUUCGAUCCCCAACGUGAUGGUGAACACCACCUUCCAUGACUACUACGUGCCCCUGGCCGUGCUGAACACCAUCAUCAGCACCGGCCUCUCCUGCUACUCCAGGUUUCUUGAAGUCCAGAGGCCCGGGCUCUGCAAGAUGCUUCGCGUCCUUGCCUUUGCUUAUCCCUACACCUGGGACUCCCUUCCCAUCUUCUACAGGCUGUUCCUGCUUUCGGGGGACGGUGCGCAGAAUGAAGCCGCCUUGUGCCACCAGAGGCACACGGCCAUGACCCUCCUGGCCUCUUUCUUCUACUCCGCACACCUGCCAGAGCGCCUGGCGCCUGGCCGCUUCGACUACAUCGGUCACAGUCACCAGCUGUUCCACGUGUGUGUGAUCCUGGCCACACACCUGCAGAUGGAAGCCAUUGUUCUGGACAAGACUCUGAGGAGGGAAUGGCUCCUGGCCAACUCCAGGCCCCUGUCUUUCCCUCAGAUAGCUGGAGCUGUACUUCUGUGCCUCAUCUUCAGCCUCAGCAACAUAAUUUAUUUCUCAGCUGCUCUGUAUCGGAUUCCCGAGCCAGAAUUACAUAAAAAAGAAACAUGAUUCAGACCAUAAGCUUUUCAUGCCAGAUGUCAACAUUAAGCUACAACCUCCUAAGCACCAUAAGUGCCUAGUGGUACCUGUUUACCAAGGUCUAAAAUAUUCACGGUGGUU